UUCUGUAGUGUUCGUUCUGCUAUGCCUCCAAUGCAUCUGAAGCGUUUGCUGUGGAGUGUUUACAGGGUUGAAGCAGGCGGAGUCCGGAUCCACUCAUCCCCGGAACUCCACUCCGGGACUUCCCACAUGCUUCUUUUUAAAAACCACCUCUUUUACUUCGUAGCAGUGAAAAACACACCAGCAUUAGGGCAGCAGAUGACCCGGCGCAGCGGCGAGGAGCACAACAGUCCUCUCUAACAAAUGAAAGGAUGGGGGGCACCAGCGGCAGCAGCAGCUGAGUUCAGUCAAACUGGAUCGGGGGCCGAGGGGGCACAGCAACUUUCUUCUCACUCCUGGGUGACUUUUCUUGGAUUUAUUUCCCGCUCCACAACAAUAUGCCAUUUGCCAAAAGAAUAGUGGAACCCCAGUUACUGUGCAGGUAUCAAGUCCCAAACGAAGAGGGUCUGGUUUUCGAGGAUCUGGUCUCCAUCAGUAAUGUGGCUCUAUCUCGGACCUUGCGGCAGCUGUCGGACCUGGCCAAACAUGCCUACUCCAUAUUCCAGGAGCUGGAAAACGAGCUCACAACCACCAACCAGCGGGUCCGGGGGCUACAGGGCAGGAUCGGCCAACUUCAACAGACCUGCUCCGAGCUGGACCCCAAACAGGAGGCAGUGCCGGUAUCUAACCUGGAUGUGGAGAGUAAGCUGACAGCACAUUACCAAGCUCCCUGGCAUCAGCAGAGGAACGUUUUCCAUUCAUCUACACGGCCAGAAUGUGUGGAAGAGCUCCACAGGCAAGCCAAAACCAGCCUGUGGGCCCUGCACCGAGAUCACCAGAGGAGACGAUCGGGCAGCAGGGAGCGGAGAGUUACCAUCGCAAUCUCGCCGGUGCCCCCAAUGCCCAUGUAUCCCUCCCCUCAGAGGGGAACAAAUUUAACAACGGAGCCAGAGAGGCAUUUUAGAGAUGCAACGACACAGUUAGCACAGUUCGAAUCCACCCGCUCCUCCUCCCCUACCGAAUGUUGCCACUUCUCUCCCUGGAGCAGAAAGGCUGCGCCCUCUGACCCCGACUCUGACGGGGUGGCUCUAGGUCACCGGUCUAAGUUUCCCAUCCCUAACAUCCCCUCCACCCUGGACAAGCAGACUAACUGGUCUAAAGCUCUGCCGCUGCCCACUCCAGAAGAGAGAAUGAAAAGCAAUUCCCAAGUCAUCACCUCAUGUGUCAUCCCCAUUAAUGUGACCGGGGUUGGCUUUGACAGAGAUGCUAGUGUGCGUUGCUCGCUCGUUCACUCGCAGUCUUUGCUUCAGAGGAGACGGAAGCUGAGGAGACGGAGGACUGUUGCCGGCGUUCCGAGACAGGUGCAACGAGACUUAGAUUCUGAUGACUCUCCUGGCUCCAGAGAGCGGACAGUGAUAGUUCACGCCAGUGCAGAUAUCACCCCUUCCAGCCAGGAGUUUGGCAGCCAUCUCAACACCAGAGACUCCGGUUGUCAGACAGAAGACUUUUUGAUCUCAGGAGCACCAUCUCGAAGGAGGAUCAGGCUCCAGAGAGGCCCGGGAGUCUCCCUCUCCCUCUCACAUUCUGCAGGAAACAUCUCCUCCCUCCCUGAGACCUCGGACGCCAUGUUCAGUGCCUCCGUUGGAGCACACCUGCGUUCUCGGAGUCUGCCCCGAGACACCAGCCGAAUGUUGGACAACGGACAUAACGACAGCGACGAUGAGGAGGACCUUUCCCCCUUCGACACUGAGGCGUUUCUGACUGGAUCUAGGAAGUUGACUCUGAAGGAUGAAGAGGAGAGUACUGAUGACCAGGCCAUGUCUGAACACCAGCUAGGAAGCCUUAAGUACAAGCAGCUGUCACAGAGUCCGGAGCGCAGCUGGAUGGAACGGACCAGAUCUCACCUGCCUAGAAAAGCUGACAUGGGCAGCUGUGAGAUCUCAUCUAGCUCAGACACCUUCAGCAGCCCUAUGCACUCCGUCUCUGCUGCAGCAGUGCUGGGAGGCCAGAUAGACCAUAAGGAGGACCACCAGUCCUCCAGUGGGAACUGGAGCGGGAGCAGUUCCACAUGCCCCUCCCAGACAUCAGAAACAAUCCCUCCUGCCGCAUCUCCACCUCUGACCGGCUCCUCCCACUGUGACUCUGAGCUCUCUUUAAACGCUGCCACUCAUACUAACGAUGACCAGACAGGCUUCUUGCUGGACCACUAUCAGGGCCUCAGGACCCAAAGAGCAGGCUCCUUCUCCUCCACAGCUAUGGACAUAUUAGAAGAAGUUGGUGUCAGCAAUGCCAUCGAGGGGGAGUGGAGUUACCCCAAUCCAGAGCCUUUGGGGUCACAGGGCUUCAGCCCCGAGCCAAGCAGAGAGGCUGAGAGCAGUCUGGGCUGCCCCAGUUUCACCAGUAUGGCUACCUGUGAGAGCAGCUUCUCCGACAAACCACCGUCAGAGAAAGCAGACACCGUCUCGCACUACUCUGUGGACAACGAAGGUUACUACACCUCCAUGCACUUUGACUGCGGCCUGAAAGGUAGCCAAAGCUUCACUUACAAUAACUAUGCAGCCUCAGGCACUGACUGUGGCCUGUCAGACUCAAGUGGUCACAUGACACUGGGAAGACGCUGCCUCUCCUUAAAAAAACCAAAGGUGAAGCCAUCGCCACCUAAGAGGAGCUCCUCCUUAAGGAAAAUAUGCAGUGAGGGAAACAUCCCUAUUAAGAAAGAACCAAAGAUUACAUGUGGGCAGCAACUUCAUCUGUCUGCAAAGGAGAGAAAACUGCAGCUGGCUUUUUCUGGCUCUCUGGCUCACACUGAAAACUCCUCACUGGUCAGAGAAACCCGGGUAGGCUGGGGGGUUGAGGGCUCAGCUGAUCUACCCGACUUAGUCUCCACAGAUACACAUUCAUUUAAGGAUGAGGGGGUUUUGCAGUCAGACUAUGCAGAUCUGUGGCUCCUGAAUGAUUUGAAAUCCACAGAUCCUUACCGAUCGUUGUCAAACUCCAGCACAGCUACAGGUACGACGGUUAUUGAAUGCAUCAAGUCACAGGAUAGCUCAGAGUCGCAGACGUCCCAGUCUGGCUCCAGAGCUACCACCCCUUCACUUCCAUCAGUCGAGGGAGAUUUCAAGCUCACAUCCCCAGAGAAGCUGGCAGGCCUGGCAAGCCCAUCCAGUGGCUACUCCAGUCAAUCAGAAACACCCACCUCCUCAUUUCCCUCUACCUUUUUCCCUGGGCCACUGUCUCCAUCAAGUGGUAAAAGGAAGCCCAAAGUCCCAGAGAGGAAGUCCUCUCUCUCAUCACUGUCACUUCAGUCACUGUCCUCUAGGGAUGGUGCAACCUCAAAGAGGGAUCUGGAGCUGCCAAUUAUCCCUCCCUCUCAUCUCGACUUAAGUGCCCUUCAUAGCGUCAACAACAAGGCGACAGCUUACAAGACCCAGAUGCAAAUCCUUCACCAAAACAAACAAAAAGCAGCAGUGUCAGCCAAGCCUAUAGUACCUCACAACCCAGAGGUAUUCAACGCCCAUUGCCUGUCCAUUACACCCACGGUGCUGAACUCAGUACACCUCCGAUCGAUCAGUAAGGAGCAGCACGAAAAUCACACCACUUCCAAAUUCCAAUAUCCCACUGUGAACUCACCUAGCAAACUUUCCACUAGUAAAUCUUUAGAGCUUAAGAGUCCCGCACUGUACAACUCACACCACCAUCAUCUUCACCCAUCCUCAAAGGAGUCAGGUGUGUUUACCUCAAAUGAAGAGCUUACAAGUGGAAGGUCAGCAUGUGAGACUGAGACGAGGAACGAGCCGGAGCGAGAGGCUCCUGCAAAGUGCGUGACAACAGUCAGGCUCCAGUCAGACUCAUGUUUGGACCAGAAAGGUCCAGAAGUCCCCGAACAAACCAGAAGUCAAGAAAGAGAGACCUGUAGAGAGCUGCCAGAAACACCUGCCUGCCUCGGAGACUUCAGCUCACAGUCUGAGACUUUACAGCAACAGCACUCUGAAGAAGAAGAAGCGUAUCCUCCUCCUCCUCCUGUCCUACACAGUUCCCCCAAUAGACCCAGCAGUCAGGAUAAAGUGCCUGCUACUGACAGUCAGUCGGAGACGCUGCAAAGCAGUCCAAUCAGCAAUGAAGACAGCAAAGAAAUGGAUUCAUUGGGAGAGUCAUCCAAAUGUAUCUCACAGGAAAGCAAGGAGUCCAUGCCAGACAUGGAGGACUAUUUUAGUAAAGACUCCACUCUCAGUGACAGCACUCUGUCCUCAGUGCAUGAUGAGUCAAGGCCAGAGGAUGACACCGUGUUUCUGUCCCCCACUAAAUCUCGCACCACUGAGGAUUUAUUCGCUAUGAUACACAGGUCUAAAAGGAAAGUGUUGGGGAGAAAAGACUCCGCCGAGUUGGGUGUGAGGAAUCGCCUUGGUGGCGCUUCGGGGAACACGCCACCUAACAGCACUGCAAGCUCCCCUAUCUCUGUGGCAUCACCUUCCUCCGCUGUGACCCCACCUGGCCUGCACAGAGUCCCCGGUCCAAUCUACAGGAAUGCAAAAAAGUCCAGCACCUCCAACGAGGAGUUCAAACUACUGCUGCUUAAAAAAGGAAGCCGCUCCGACACUAGUUACCGCAUGUCAGCUACAGAGAUCCUCAAGAGUCCCAUCACCCCUAAAUCACUUGGAGACACUCUAAUGGAGUCACCCAGACACCCCGACGACAACACCUUCCCUCAGCAGCAGCCCCAAUCAGGACAAGACCAGCUUUCCAGCCCCUACUUGAAAACCAACGCAGAGGGCUUUUCACCGAAAUCCUUCCAUACAUCUGCGGCCUCAAGGCAGGGACGCUCCAGGAUCCCACCACCUGCCAACAGCAGCCGCUACAGCAUGCGCAGCAGGCUGUACUCAACGCCCAUGCAGGCCAUCUCUGAGGGUGAGACAGAGAACUCGGAUGGGAGCCCUCAUGACGACCACUCAUCGCAGGGCUCCACAUAAAAAAAGAAGAAGCAAUAAUUAAGUGAUUUUAUUAGUUUACAGCAAACAGACAAACAAAAAAAGAUGGACCAGAAUGAGGAGAGAAGGAGAGAAAAUUAGAUGAACGUGAACAUUUUUUAAAGAAAAUCAUAAAUUUAGUAAUUGAUGGUGUUUUAUACAGACUGCAUUUCUACGAAAACAUCUUUAUGAAGUGAACAGUUGGCUCUUGUUUUGCGUCUGCAUUAUAUGGAAAAAUAUGAUUUACAAACCAGAAAAUCUUCUCACUUCUAAAUUUAAACGGGGACCUAUUUUUCUUUUCUUUAUUUUCUAUCAUAUGUGUAUGGAAUUUCGACUUAUUAACUCUAACUUUAGAGUUAGCUUUGCCAAUCAGUAAUCUACGUGAAUGACGUCAUUUUCUUGUUAACCGGAAGGAUAUGGCGCAGAGGAAUGCGGACUCAAAACCGGAUCGCAACAAACUGGCGCUUUCGGGAGUACGUUUGCUGAUAGUAACGCCAUGUGAUUCAGCUAAUAACACAAGGAUUUCAUCAUUUGUGAAGCCAUGCUGAAAAUACUCAGCAAUUUGUGCAUUCAUGACUGGCUCUAAUACCGGUAGCUUAGCAGUAGCAUUUGUAGCUGAGGACUUCAGCUUCCAGGUAACAAGGAAAUGACAUUCACGUACAUUACUGAUUGGCAGCGCAACUCGAAAUUUCGAGUUACUAACUCAAAAUUUUAAGAAAAGUAAGUCAAAAUGUUAAGUUACUUUUUGAGAAAGAUAACUCGAAAUUUGGAGUUAUGAAUACUUUUUUUUUUUGUGGCGGAAACGGGCUUCCAUAUAUAUGUGAUGCUCAUAGCAACACAUGGCCAGAGUUCAAGGUAUAAUAAUGAGGUCAGUGCACCUAAAAGUAAUCUUUUUUGACCUAAAACUCUGUCAGAAUUAAUGGAGAUCCCCAGUAUGGUCAGAGGCGGUACCAUCCCAUAUAAAAUAAGCAUUGUUAUGAACUGUGAAUCACUCUAAGCUACUCUAGAGUCUGCAAAUAAAAGUAUGGAGCUGGAAAUGAGAUUAAUAGCUGUUCUGUUAGUUUAAGGCACAUUUCCCAAAGUCUUGUAGACCCAACCCAACAACGUAAUGUUUUUAGAAAUAAGCAAGAGAAGUUGAUCUGUUUUAAUUAACCGUAUGUAUUCUGUGAAUACAAUUAGACAGACAUUUCCUCUAACCAGUUACAUCGAAUGAUUUUAAUACCCUCAAAAUGAACAUCAGAAUUGACAAAUGUCAACAUUCAGUCCCUAUUCAUAUUUCCUGUAAACAGAAUUGAUACUAUGUCUAUUUUACUCAGUUUGUCAUAUACUAAAUUAUAUCAAAGCUUAUUAUUAGAAUAUUUUAACAUACUGUACAUAUAGCAAGAAAUGGAAGACGUAAUUAUUGGUGAGACAGGAAGUGUCAAAGCCGAGCACUAACUUGACAAUCUCGUGAGACAAGAAAGGAGCAGGUGUUAACAUGGGACAUGAAAAAGUGAUCAAAAAGUUCGAGGCAGGGAACUCGGAGAGCUGGAAGAGAAUGCUGAAGUCAUAAAGAAAAACUUACCAAUGGUCAUUUCUGGUUUGCUGACAUGAUGUGUUUAUGCAUUGUCGAAAGAGGCAAGUGGAAAGUACUCAGAGGAUCAAAUAUGCCUUAUUUUAUCCAACAGGAGAAAAUAUGUGGUGAAGCAGCUGAGGUCACAGCAAGUUGAGUGUUUUUGUGAGAUUUUUGAUUGUAUGGUUAAAUAUGGAGCCGGGUUAUUAAGUCUCUUGAAAAGAGAAAUGUCUGGAUUUGGCAUUUUCUGCCCCUCAAUAUUCAAAAAAAAUAUAACUUCUAUAUUUUCUGUCUCAAACCAAUCUAAAUAUAUUUAUUUUUAUAACAUACACAAAAAACCUUUGAUCAAAAAUAUGCAAUGAAGUGCUGGAAUUUUUAUUUUUUAUUCACAUACUUAUUUUGUUCAUAAGAGAUGCGUUUUAGAUCUUAUACGAGACACUGGUUGCAGAGACAAAUUGGAAACUUAAUUAUAAAAUUUCAUUAAAAAUGUAAUUAAACGCCAAAAAUAUAAAUGUAAGGUUUUGGUUGUAACCCUGGUAUAUUUUAGUCCCAUGUAUUCACCAUAAUUUUAUAAGUACAUGGAGCUUAUUGGAGUGACGGUACUCAAACAUUAUGCAAAACUGGCAGAAGCCUUGUUCUUCCCUGUAGGUAUGCUGUCAAUACCCUUUUAAUUUUCAUAUUAAUAACACUAUAUAACAGGGUACACAAUGAGUUAAGUCUGUGAACCUUCAUUCCAACUUUUUUGUUUUUUUCCUGCACUGACAAAAUGAUGUUUGUGAAGUUUUUUGUCUCUUGCUGUACCUGGAGAUAUUUAUAGAUGUGUACAUGCAGCUGUUUCCCUUAAUAAUAUUCACACCCCGAGGAUGCUUUAGGAGUGGAGUACAGAAAUGCUUCUACCAAAGGCUAAAAACACGUAGUGGCAUUGAACUGUUGUUCUCCUCUCGUUUACUUGACUGAAAUGUUCUUGAAAACACAAACCAAUAAUAAAGAACUAAACUUACGGUACUAGAUGCAUUUCAUCUAGAUACAGACCAACCUCUGUAUACAGUACUUGUAGGUUUUAGUGGGUUUUUUUGUACAAACUUGUAAAUUAAAUAACGUUUUAGAAUUGUUACAAAGGUUGUUGAAUUGCUUCUUAUGUAAAAUAAAAAAAAAACAUGUUUUUAAAGUUUACAUUAAUUUCAGACCUUUGUAUAUUUUUGAGCUGUGGAACACUUUGUCUUGUAUUUAUUUUUUAGUAAGCGUUCUUGAAAUCCCAUAGUAAAUCCUAUCAAAGCCAACUGCUAGCACAACAGGCUGCUUAGCAAAUGUGUAUAAAAAGAUGAAUAAAUGUGACU